AUGGAGGACACCAUAGUGUUGUAUCCUUCUCCCGGAAUUGGUCACUUGGUCUCCACGGUGGAGCUAGGGAAGCUCAUACUCACUCACCAACCUUCCUUUUCCAUCAUAAUCUUCAUCACUGAUGCACCUUACAACACCGGCACAACUGGCCCAUAUAUCAGCCGUGUCUCUGCCACAUGCCCUUCCAUCACCUUCCAUCACCUCCCAACCAUCUCUCCCCCUCCUAAAUUCACCUUCUUUGAAGACCUUGCCUUUGAAGUACCUCGACUCAACAACCCAAACGUCCACCAAGCACUUCAAACCAUCUCUCAGAAAUCAAAACUCAAAGCGUUUAUCAUCGACUUCUUCUGUAAUGCUUCCUUCGAAGUCUCAACUAGCCUAAACAUACCCACUUACUACUUCUACACCUCCGGUGCAUUCGUUCUCACAAUAUUUUUUUACCUUCCAACUAUUGAUAAAACCACCACCGGCAUCAAAGAUCUUUCUUACGUUGAGGUGCCAGGCGCACCACCCCUAUCUCCUUCCGCUUUUCCUGAAGUUUUUCUCCAUCGGAACAGUGUGGGAUAUAAGAACUUCGUAGACACAGCAAAUAACAUGGCAAAAUCAUCCGGAAUCAUCACAAACACGUUUGAAUCACUUGAACCAAGAGCUGUCAAAGCGAUUUCCGAAGGAAAAUGCAUCACAAAUGGCCCAACCCCGCCAGUUUAUUAUAUUGGUCCUUUAAUAGCCAGUAAUGCUAAAACUAAUGCUAAAAGUGGCAGUGAGGACGAGUGUUUGACUUGGCUCAACUCGCAGCCAAGCCAAAGUGUAGUGUUUCUAUGCUUUGGUAGUAAUGGGGUGUUCAUAGAAGAACAGUUGAAGGAGAUGGCUGUUGGGUUAGAAAAUAGUGGUAACAGGUUCUUGUGGGUGGUGCGCAGUCCACCCACAAAUGAUAAGGCCUCAUCAACAUCAUCGGAGCCUGAUUUGGAUGCAUUAUUGCCGGAAGGUUUCUUGGAGAGAACCAAAGAUAGAGGCCUUGUGGUGAAGGCGUGGGCUCCACAAUUGGAUGUACUGAGCCAUGACUCAGUGGGUGGGUUCGUGACUCAUUGUGGGUGGAACUCGGUUUUGGAAGCUGUUUGUUCCGGCGUGCCCAUGGUGACUUGGCCUUUGUAUGCGGAGCAAAGAUUGAAUAGGGUAUUUUUGGUGGAGGAAAUGAAGGUGGCUUUGCCGUUGGACGAGUCAGAAGAUGGGUUUGUGAGUUCGGCCGAGUUGGAGAGACGAGUCAGAGAGUUGAUGGAUUCAGAGAGUGGGAAAGCCGUAAGAGACCAGGUCAAGGCAAUGAGAGAUGAAGCCAGGGCUGCUUUGGCAGAAAAUGGAUCGUCCCGAGUUGCUUUGGAAAGGUUAACUGAGUCGUGGAAACAAGGUUGA